GCAUCACAGAACUGCCUCACUCUGAUAUUUUCUGCUCUUUCUCUCUAUUCGAAAUUUGAAUACUCUCUCAUUUUACGGUAUUUCUUAGUGUGUUUUGGAUCGGGAGGUUAGAGGUUUAUCAUCAAUGGCGGAUACUGAGACGUUUGCUUUUCAAGCUGAGAUCAAUCAGCUUCUUAGUUUGAUUAUCAACACUUUCUACAGCAACAAGGAGAUCUUUCUUCGUGAGCUUAUCAGUAACGCCUCUGAUGCUUUGGAUAAGAUCAGGUUCGAGAGCUUGACAGACAAGAGCAAGCUCGAUGCUCAACCUGAGCUCUUCAUCCACAUUAUUCCAGACAAGACUAACAAUACACUGUCCAUCAUUGACAGUGGUAUUGGCAUGACUAAGGCUGAUUUGGUGAACAAUCUUGGUACAAUCGCAAGAUCUGGUACUAAGGAGUUUAUGGAAGCACUGGCUGCUGGUGCUGACGUUAGUAUGAUUGGUCAAUUUGGUGUUGGUUUCUACUCCGCAUACUUGGUUGCUGAGAAGGUUAUUGUAACCGCAAAGCAUAAUGAUGAUGAACAAUAUGUGUGGGAGUCCCAAGCUGGUGGUUCAUUCACUGUUACCAGGGAUACUUCCGGGGAGAACCUUGGUAGGGGUACAAAGAUUACUCUGUUUUUGAAAGAGGAUCAGCUUGAGUACCUUGAGGAGCGACGUUUGAAGGAUUUGAUUAAGAAGCAUUCUGAAUUUAUUAGCUACCCGAUUUCCCUUUGGAUUGAGAAGACCACUGAGAAGGAGAUUUCUGAUGAUGAAGAUGAGGAGGAUAAGAAGGACGAAGAAGGGAAAGUUGAGGAUGUUGAUGAGGAGAAAGAGAAGGAAGAAAAGAAAAAGAAGAAGAUUAAGGAGGUGUCGCACGAGUGGUCUUUGGUGAACAAACAGAAGCCCAUCUGGAUGAGGAAGCCUGAGGAGAUUACCAAGGAAGAAUAUGCUGCUUUCUACAAGAGCCUUACAAAUGACUGGGAAGAGCAUUUGGCCGUCAAGCACUUCUCAGUUGAGGGGCAACUUGAGUUCAAGGCUGUCCUCUUUGUCCCCAAGAGGGCUCCUUUUGAUCUCUUUGACACAAGGAAGAAGCCCAACAACAUUAAGCUGUAUGUGAGACGUGUCUUUAUCAUGGACAACUGCGAGGAGUUGAUUCCUGAAUUCCUCAGCUUUGUUAAGGGUAUUGUCGACUCAGAGGACCUUCCUUUGAACAUCUCAAGAGAAAUGUUGCAGCAAAACAAGAUCUUGAAGGUUACGAAGAACUUGGUAAAGAAGUGCAUUGAGCUCUUCUUUGAAAUAGCAGAGAACAAGGAAGAUUACAACAAGUUUUAUGAGGCAUUCUCAAAGAACCUCAAGCUUGGUAUCCAUGAGGACUCUCAGAACAGGACUAAAAUUGCCGAAUUGCUCCGCUACCACUCCACCAAGAGUGGUGAUGAGCUGACCAGCUUGAAGGACUAUGUGACCAGAAUGAAGGAGGGUCAGAAUGAUAUCUACUACAUCACUGGUGAGAGUAAAAAGGCAGUUGAGAACUCUCCCUUCCUUGAGAAGCUGAAGAAGAAGGGUUAUGAGGUCCUUUACAUGGUUGAUGCUAUUGAUGAGUAUGCUGUCGGACAGCUCAAAGAAUUUGAGGGCAAAAAGCUUGUGUCAGCUACCAAGGAAGGUCUUAAACUUGAUGAGAGUGAGGAUGAGAAGAAGAAGAAGGAAGCUUUGAAGGAAAAGUUUGAGGGUCUUUGCAAGGUCAUCAAGGAUGUGCUGGGUGACAAGGUUGAAAAGGUUGUGGUUUCUGAUCGUGUUGUUGACUCACCUUGCUGUUUAGUGACUGGCGAGUAUGGUUGGACUGCAAACAUGGAGAGAAUCAUGAAGGCCCAGGCUUUGAGGGAUAACAGCAUGGCUGGUUACAUGUCAAGCAAGAAGACAAUGGAGAUCAACCCGGAGAACCCCAUCAUGGAAGAGCUGAGAAAGAGAGCCGAUGCAGAGAAGAAUGAUAAAUCUGUGAAGGACCUUGUUCUCCUUCUCUUCGAGACUGCUCUCCUCACCUCUGGCUUCAGCCUUGAUGACCCUAACACCUUUGGCAACAGAAUCCACAGGAUGCUGAAACUCGGCUUGAGCAUUGAUGAGGAUGCAGGUGAAGGUGAAGCUGAUGCUGAUAUGCCCCCAUUGGAGGAUGCUGAUGCCGAAGGCAGCAAGAUGGAGGAAGUUGAUUAAGCCUAACAUGUUUUUAUAAGAACUCUAAUCAGUAGAUUUAUCUUACUUUUGAAGCAUCUGUUAGCUUGUUUUACAUUUUGUUUGGUGCUUUUGUUAUGUUUUUGUUAGUUAUUUUCGAGUACUCUUAAAUGAUAAGUGCUGUUUUUUUCUGGGAUAUUUAUACAGUUUCUUACUGCCA